UCAAAAAAAAGAAAAGAUUACAGCACUCGAGACUAUAUAUUAAAACCUUAGUUAAACCCAGGAUCCAAGAAUUCCAAAUUCUUCUGCAAUGACAUUCUCUUCAUUUCUUCACCUGAAUCGCCGUUUUUCAUAACCUUUCUAUUGUUUUUCGAAUUUCGGCGAAAUGGGUUCUCCUGGAAAGUGGAUCAAAUCACUGAUCGGACCCAAAAAUUCCCCAUCAAAAGAAAAUGAUAAAGUGGGUGGUAAGGGCUGGAAGUGGAAACUGUGGAGGGGUGUCUCGAAGGGUGUUAAAGGAAGGGGGAAUUCACCGGAGACGGAGGAAUCUGAAUCUUCUUCUUAUUUGUUUGAGGGUGAGAUGGCGGCAGCAGUGGCUGCUUUGGCCAAAGCUUCACCCAAGGAUUUCAUGGUGGUCCGGCGAGAAUGGGCCGCCGUUCGAAUCCAGACAAUUUUUCGGUCUUUUCUGGCAAAGCGUGCUUUAAGGGCCUUGAAAGCAUUGGUAAGACUACAAGCUAUAGUCCGUGGCAGAUUGGUUAGAAAGCAAGCCGCUGUAACAUUAAGGUGCAUGCAGUCGCUUGUUCGAGUUCAGACUCGAGUUAGGGCUCAAUGCAUUAAAACGUCUGCAAAAGGGCUCGUCCAAAAGAAUCAGAGUGCUGAUCCUAUAAAGCAAGCCGAGAAUGGAUGGUGUGACAGUUCUGCAACAGCUGAAGAAGUGAGGUUGAAAUUACUAAUGAAACAAGAAGGCACUAUCAAGAGGGAAAGAGCGAAUGCAUAUGCCCAUGCCCUUUCUAAACAGCAAUCCAGAAGAAUCCCAAUCUUAUAUUCAAGAAUGAACAAGAUGGUUACUCCAAAUAAGUUGGAGAAGAAUAGUUCAGGACUCGACUGGUCAGAACGGUGGAUGCGAAACAAGCCAUGGGAUACUAUGUCAGACGGAGAAUUUCAGACUGUUGGAUCCUUUUCAAAUUCGUAUGAUCACAAUUCAGUAACAGUUCGACGGAAUAACAUAUCUACUAGAAUAUCCCCAAAAGUUUCGAAAACUUGUCAAAUCACUCGCUCGUCAUCUGAACCAUGUUCUGCAUUUUCUUACGAUGAGAGCACGACAUCAAAUUCAUCCACAACUACUUCUGAGACUCAAGGGUCAGGAAAUACUCUAGCCGAGGGACAUGGUGCCAAACCUAACUAUAUGAGUCUAACACAGUCGAUAAAGGCCAAGCAGAAACCAUGCAAUUAUUUAUCUCGUACUUAUACUGGAGUGAGGCAUUCAGUCGAGGAUUUACACUAUCAUAGAAAGCUAAGUCCGGUUUCAAGGGGGCGGGCUCGGAGGAAUGCUGACACUGAUCUCUAUUCUGUCGACUUGUGCAAGGAUCUCUACCCUCCGAUGUUGCAAGAUGACAUGUAAAGAUGAAGCUUCCUAAAAGGGGAGUCGUUCUGAUGAAUUCAACAGCUUGUUGUAUUUUCGAUUUCCUACAAGUUCAUUUUUCUUUUUUUCUUUUUUCUAUUGGAGUUUUCUGUUAGACAUGAUACCAUUGUUUGAGAGCAUUGUAAUAGUGCUUAUGGAUACUUACAGAGAGUGGUUUGCAUAUUUAUAACUAUAGAAAUAGUAGAGUGCUAUGGAGUUGAUAUA